AUGGUUGAUUUAGUCAAAGUGUAUUUUGACAAGUUCAAAACUAGUGUGUCUAAGUUAUAUGCCAACAGUCUAUUUGAUUUAGUGCUUUGUCUCAUUGAAGGAAAAACUGGUAUUCCAUCUGUACUUAUUGCUAUCGGAUUAUUCAGCGUACUGGCUGUCUAUUUGAUAAUAGGCUGGGGCAAUGAUUUCGUUUGUAAUCUCAUUACAUUAAUUUAUCCAGUAUUUGCUUCAUUUUUGACCAUUCAUUCUGGUGACAGUUCCGACCAGAAAAAACUUUUGAAUUAUUGGGUUAUUUAUUCAUUGCUUGGUUGCUUUGAAUAUAUUUUUCACGGCCUGUGUGAUUUCUUACGCACGUAUUGGCUUGGUAAAUUCUGUUUUUUUAUGUGGUUUAUUCAAUCUGAAUCAUCAUCAACUGAAUCGAAUCCCGAACCAGAUUCGAGUGAGCUUUCUCAACCAAAACCAUCCGUUCCUCGAAAGAAAGCAACAUCUACUGGUGUCAAGCGAACUCAAGCCACAUUGCCACUACGUUCUGUUGAACUCAGUCGCGAUGUCAAGUGGGCACCAAAUGGUGUUGUCGUUGCUGGAGGACAUGGAAAUGGUAGUGAUCUAAACCAAUUAUACGCUCCUCGUGGUGUGUUUGUUGAUGAAGACCAAAAUGUUUAUGUGGCCGACUUAUGCAAUAAUCGUAUUGUUGAAUGGGCACCCGAUGCAACUGAAGGUCUACCAGUGAUUGGUGGACUCGACGAAAAAACUAUGUUAGAUAAGUUGAGCAGUCCAGUGGAUCUGAUCCUAGAGAAGGAUUCCGAUAGUUUUAUUGUUUCCGAUGACAUGACUAAACGAGUAGUACGAUGGCGUCGCCAAGGUGAUACAGAAUGUGAAACAAUUAUUUCAGGUGUCGAGUCCAAAGGUUUGGCUAUCGAUGAAAAUGGAUCUAUCUAUAUAGUGGACGGUGAAAACAAUGAAGUUAUACGAUAUAAUAUUGGUGACAGUGAAGCUACGAUAGUUGCAGGUGGUAAUGGAGCAGGUGAUGCUCUUAAUCAACUGAAUUGUCCAUAUUCCGUUUUUGUCGAUCAAGACUAUUCGGUGUAUGUGUCAGAUGAAGACAAUCAUCGUGUUAUGAAAUGGGCAGAUGGUGCCACUGAAGGUGUCAUUGUUGCUGGUGGUCAAGGAAGCGGUGACAGUUUAUCACAGUUGAGUUAUCCGCGUGGAAUCGUUGUCGAUCCAUCAGGCACUCUCUAUGUAGCUGACUUCUCGAAUGCACGAGUGAUGCGUUGGUUCAAAGACGCCAAACAAGGUGAAGUCAUUGCCGGUGGAAACGGCGAAGGAGAAGAACCUAAUCAAUUAACAUGGCCCUCUAGUUUAGCAUUCGAUAGGCAUGGUAAUCUCUAUGUUUCCAAUUCAGGCAGUGCUCGUGUGGUGAAAUUCGAGAUCGCUUAA